AUGAGUUCCUACGGCCAGCGUAACCCCAGAAACUCCACAAACAGCUUAUCACCUGUCUCUUCUCCACGUAAGCGGGCACAACAAGAUGCAGAUUUCGAUGCUUCGGAGAAUCGAAGGAAAGACCCUAAAGUACGCUUCCCUGCGCCAACUGUACUCGCAGACGACUGUAUUGCGCCUAUGCGACCAAAUAUUCCCGCGGUAGGGCCCCGACGCCGCUACCGAUGGAACGACAAGAAGGCCCGUCAGUGUGGCAUGGUUGAUGGAUCGGACCUAAAUAAGAUGGGAACUGGACCUCCAUCAUUCUCCAACGAGACAGCMCCUUCGCGAGACUCUCCUGAACUGGAGAUUGAGGGUCAAUAUUUCGAUCCAACUUCCGGUCUCACCUUCCUACAUCGAGCAUGGAGGAAAUUCCUCGUGCAAAAGGUGGAAACGGAAUCUCAUGGGUCAAGUGAGAUGGAUAAAAGUCAACUCCUGACAUGUGCAGGAGACAGACCUUUUUAUCUCGGUGAUCACAGCCAAGAAUUGAUUCCAGAUGACAUGACAGCACGGACAUUGGUCUCAUUUUAUUUCGAUACUUGCGUUGUGACGUAUCGCAUGUUUCAUCGCCAGACGGUAGAGAAUUGGUUGGAAGUACUCCUGAAAGAUAGAGAACACAACCGCCCGAUUUCGCAAUCUCUCGGCAAUGCCAAAUGUGCAAUUAUCUUAACUCUCUUCGCAAUUGCACGUUUUCGAAAUGAAAAGCUCAAAGGCGGAUACUACUCUAGUGACAACGAGGCAUUGGCCUUGCGUGAGAACGACCGCUUGUUCUGCGCUGCGAUGAAUCUGACGGACUCUGAAAAGGGAUUUCCACGCCUAGAAUCGGUCCAGGCUAGAUUAAUCCAAGUGCUAUAUCUUCUGCAGACUUCGCGCAUGAAUAAAGCAUGGUAUACAUUUGGCAGUGCAUAUCAAAUUCUCUCGUCUUUGGGACUCCAUCGGAGACGCUCCCAGGAGCAAGGGGUUCCCUUCAAGAACCAUAGUAGAGACUAUAUCAGCCUCCAGUGUUCCAAACGCGUCUUUUGGGUUGCUUAUACAAUUGACGGAUAUCUUAGUGUGGUUUUUGGAAGACCAAGAUUCUUGCAUGACGAGGAUGUUGAUCAGGACUUUCCUGAUAGUAUAAAUGACGAAGACAUGGGGCCACACGGGCCUCUGGGAUCCGAAGCCUCCGAGGACUGUCAUGUCGACUCCCUCACAUUCCAUGCUAAGAUCGCCAGGAUCAUCGGCCGAAUAUCCCGUGCAGUGUACGCAGUAGGCGAUGUACAGACUGGAGAACGAGUGGCAGCUGCGAAUCGUCUUAUUGGCGAACUGCACGAAUGGCGCGCCAGUCUACCUCCGCAUCUAGGCACGAUCAAACCAUCUACAUUAAUGCCAAGUUUCCGGCGAGAAUCCUGUGCACUUAAUCUCGCUUAUUAUCACGCAGUCAUUCAUGCCAAUAGGCCAUUCUUGCUAGGAGAGGGAAACGGUCCCAGCUGUGACUCACCAGAUGUCAAUGAUCUAGUAGCCGAAUGCAUUUCUGCUGCUAGAGUUAUCUUAGAAUUGGUGGAUAAUAUGGCAAACGACAUCAACCUAUUUCACUCCUUCUGGUGGACUCAUUAUGUCACUUUCUGUGCACUAGCGGUCGUAUAUGUCUGGGAGAUACAGCGCAGUCAAAACAAAAAUAAAUACGAAAGACACUCCGAUGAAUCUUUUCACGCGGGACUGUUCGAUCUGGCGGAGAGAUGUCGCUCCCACCUGCUUCGGGCCAGCUCAGCAGCGUCUCCCAGUCGACGAUACGGCAUCAUCUUAGAGGAAUUGCGAAAAGAAGCUCAAGGCCAGACUGUCCGAAACAACAGAUCUGAUUGCCCGCUACCUUCGCCGAAUCCAACGCUGAUGCAAAACACCGAAACUCCUCUUAUAGACCAAGGGCUGAACUUCUUAGAAAUCCCUGAAACGAGUUCUCAAUACAUAGCUCAUGCCAGCGCGAGGGGGGAUUUUCCGAAUGCAGUUCCCAGCAUGCUAAAUACAUGGCAGCCUACAGAUUGGUUGGAUUUGGAUUCCUCGGUAUGGGACAUUUCUGUUGAUUGA